ACUUACCUCUCAUUCACCGCCACUUAAUAACUCUCUCUAUCAACCCAUUCACCUAGUUUCCUCCGGCGGUAUCUAUGGACUUACUCUCAGUCUCGUCCCCGGCGGCCUAUCGUUUUGCGUCCUUGAAACCCUCGUUCAGAGGCCCCAAACACUCCCAACUCACCUUUUCUUUUCCAUGUCGAUCUACUGUUAAAGCCUCCAUUAAACCCCUACAACAGCCGAUAUGUACAUCCAACUCCAAAAGCCUUACGCUGACCCUGCCACAAGAGCUAUCUUCGUCCGCAACUCAGAUGCCGGUCACGGCCAUGAGAGGUGCGGAGUCCGACGCCAUGAGCCUCUUGCUUAGAGAGCGGAUUGUUUUCCUUGGUAACACCAUCGACGACGUUGUGGCGGAUUACAUUAUAAGCCAGUUGUUGCUCUUAGAUGCCCAGGAUUCUACCAAGGAUAUUAGGCUCUUCAUCAAUUCUCCUGGCGGCUCUCUCAGUGCUACAAUGGCCAUCUAUGAUGUUGUCCAGCUUGUAAGGGCCGAUGUGUCCACGGUUGCCCUUGGAAUUGCGGCAUCGACAGCUUCUAUAAUUCUUGGUGGUGGCACAAAAGGCAAGCGCCUUGCAAUGCCAAACACUCGAAUUAUGGUUCAUCAACCUCUCGGAGGAGCAAGUGGGCAAGCAAUGGAUGUGGAAAUUCAAGCACGAGAAAUAAUGCAUAAUAAGAAUAAUGUCACGAGAAUUAUUUCGGGUUUCACUUCUCGGACUUUCGAACAAGUCCAGAAAGAUAUCGAUAGGGAUCGUUAUAUGUCUCCAAUGGAAGCAGUUGAAUAUGGAAUAAUUGAUGCAGUGAUCGACGGUGAUAGCAUCAUUCCUUUGGUUCCUGUCCCGGAAAGGGUAAAACCAAAAUAUAAUUAUGAAGAAAUCCGUAAGGAUCCGAAGAAAUUUUUGAACCCAGAUAUCCCAGAGGAUGAGAUAUAUUAGUUUGUGUCAUUUGUUACUGAUAAUUUAUGGUCAUCACUGUGUACUCUUCUUAAUUCAUUCAUUACAUAGAACUUGUUGUUUAAUAGAGCAAUAACUUAGUGCCUCAUUGUUUUGUGAAGGCAAAUAUGGAUUCUGCUUCUAUAACAGUUUUGAGAAUGAACUCACUCUGAAACAAGAAAACCUCACAGCUUCA